AUGGGAGACUCUCUUGCUCAGCGACAUGCUGCUGCUUUAAAGCUCCUUGAGGAUUUGACAUCGUCGCUAAACGACGUGGUGCCGCUAGGAGAUAUCUCGCGUGCUCAGGCGGAUUACAACGCUGCAGAAGAACGGCACAGCCGUGAACAGGACCCUGCGAAGAAAAGAGCCUUGUGCCGAGAACUCGUCAGGUACGGAGAUCACCUCGAGGAGAUACAAAAGCAACACCAGGAAGCCGAGACCAAGCGUAAGGAGCAACUAGACCUCUUUGACUCGAGACUAUCGAAGGAAGGCUACCAGAAGCUGGCCACUCGUGCUACCUUUAACACUGGCACCCAUCACACAACCCACCAGACCUCUGAAACGCUGGAAAGUCCUGUCCGAUCUCCAGAUCUCGACUCCAUUCAGCCUCCAACCCUCUCCAACGACCGAGCAACCCAUGACACUAUUGGAUCUCUAGGCCACCUUCCCCAAACCAACGCUAUUCGCAACACGAUCGAGCCCAGGUCAACCCCCUCGCGUACACACAGCGCGACUCCGUCGAGAGGCUUCUCGACAGAUAUCGAGCAGCAAGUCGGAGCUGAACCGACUGGUCAGACAGCUUCGACGAGGUAUAUCAAGGCGGUAAUGCCCGAUGGAAAUACAGAAUUGUCAAGAUCAAUUGGGCUCUACUACAUCUUUGGAUGCGAGAAACACGAGAAGCAUUUCCGCAAAGAGAACCCGCUCCAAUCUGCCAUGAGUCACCUUAAAGGGAAAGGACACUCUGUCAAGAGACCGAACGCUACUCAGGCGCUUAAAUCGCUCGGGACUCAAGUUGUGGAUGGCAGUGACGAACUUGUCCUGCUGAAUAACAUCGCUGCGGAUCGUUACCUAGCGGAGCAGGCGGAGAAAAAGAAGCGUCGAGAGGCUUCUGUCAGGAACCUCACACAGGCACCACAGACUGGCGAAAUACAUAUGGCUUGGUUUGGUGACGACGAUGUAGGCCAUUGCCCGCACGCCUUUUUGGUCAUGCCGUUCUUCCCGCGGCUUGGCGAUGAUCCGGAGAUGCAAUCUGUCACCGAAUCAGACCUUAAAGUCGAUAUCCCCGCUUGUUACAAGCUUAAUAAGACCUCUAACAGGUAUGAAUGGGCUGAGGGCUAUGAGGAGCAUGGGAAGUAUGCCGGUAAUAGGGUAUACCCAAUAAUGUGCCUUGUUGGGGAAACUCCUCACAAGGUCGAUUGGCUUCCAGUCUGUCACUUUCGAAACCUUGAUCUCAAUGACAAGGAUCUUGAGGACAAGGACAUAGUCAAAUCGUAUAUCAGCAGAAACUCAGCAGGCAAGUUGUCGUCGAUUGAGAUCUGUUUUUUUCUUUUACUAAUUGAAUUGAAUACAGGCCAUGGGAACGAGAUUGAAGACGAAUCUGAAGACCUGUACGGAGACAGCCUUGCUGGUGACGACGACGCACCAACCUCAAGCGGGCGUAUACAGAGUCCCAGUGGCAGGAUAUCUGAGAACGCCAAUACAGAUCAAAGUUUCCAGCCCGAGGCGAUAGCAGAGAACCAGGAGAGCAGGUCACCUGGGCCAAACCUCCCAACACAAGCGGUAAAGGACGAACCCACGACUAUAGCACGCGGAGACGAGGCUGCAAGACGUGCGCGCCAGCCGUCUGUCCGGCAAAGAUGGCCAUCUGCACGAAAGGGUCCUCCAAAUAUGGAAACUUUAGAUGACAGUGACAGCGAGUGA